AUGGAUGCCCUGGGCAGGACUUUGGCUUUGAAGAUACUGAUCUCCAUCACCAUUUUGGUGUCUGAUUCCAGUUAUUUGAAUAAGGGACACCGGCAGGAGCCACAAGAUUAUCAGAAGCAGAACCCACCAUAUAAUCAGGAUCAGGAGCCACAGUAUCGUCCAUUUCCUUUUCCACAGGUUAGUACUCCAGUGUUUGUACAGAUGGGCACAAAGGCUCUGCUGGGCUGCCCUCAAAAUCCAUCAACAAAAGCAGUAUUGAUAACAUGGGAAAUAAUCCUCAGAGGCCAGCCUCCUUGCACAAUAUCCUACUUAGCAGAAACAAAUAAGACCAGUGAAAUAGACUGCACUGACAGGCGGAUCACCUGGGCCUCCACACCUGACCAGAGUCCAGACCUUCAGAUCAAUACAGUGGCCCUCAGUCACGAUGGGCAGUAUUCAUGUCAACUAAUAACACCUGAAGGACAGUUCCAAGAGAGACGUGACCUCCAAGUUCUAGUACCGCCUGAAGUAACUGUGUUUCCAGGGAAAAACAGAACUGCAGUUUGUGAGGCCAUUGCAGGCAGGCCUGCCGCUCAGAUCUUUUGGGCUCCAGAUGGCUAUCAUGUCACUGAGAAUGAAUCACACAGCAAUGGCACUGUGACCAUUAGGAGCACAUACCUCUGGGAGCGCAACAAUGUGUCUGCUGUGUUCUGCUGUGUCUCCCAUCCAACUGGCAGCAAGAUUCUGUCCAUAGAACAGAAUCAAGGUGUCACCAGCCCUCUGUAUUCCUUACUGACCAUUCUCUAUGUGAAACUUACCCUUUUGGGGAUUAUUCUGCUCAUCAUAGGAUAUGCUUUCUUCCAGAAGAGAAAUUAUUUCAGGAGCAUGGCUGCAUCAAGAACCCAAUACCAGAGACUCAUGGGGAUGCGAAGCCUUCCCGUGGCUUCUGUGUGGAUGUUGACAGAGGCUCAUGGGGAUGUGAAGCCUUCCCGUGGCCUCUAUGUGGAUGUUGACAGAGUGAAGAAAGUAUCAACCAUAGCUUCCCCGUCCUGGUUGUCUCCAGCAGCCAACGUUCCCUUAUAA